AGGGAGACGAGCCGACGCGAUGUCGCUGGACCUGGUCUUGCGUAUUAGCAACAAAGACUACACCAACUGGGUCAAAGCAGGACUGUGUUUGUCCUUCGUGGUGGAAGAUCUGCGUCCGUUCGUGGAGGAGCAGAUGCGAGACUUUCACCAUGAUUUGCUGCGUGGGAAUCCUCGUCUUCGGGAACGCUGUGAGAAGUCAUGUCCUCCCAAUCAUGUUCAGUCCUCUAAAGCAUGCCAGCCGUGUUUAGAGUGGAAGUCUGAGAUCCUGAAUAAUCACAGACAACGUGAUCCCAAGCUCAAAUGGGGGAACUGUAACCCUUCCGCAUGGAGGACAGACUACUGGGAGCUGGCCAAGGCGUACAUGCCACAAGGUCAGCUGCGUAUGAGAGCCGCAAAUGAGUUUGACGCUUCUGCUCUGCUCAACCUCGUCAACUACUGUGCCCGGUUUCCCCCCGUCGACGUAAAUACCGGGCCCGUGAAAGAGAUGAUCCGAUGCAGGAAUGACUUAAUGCAUUCUGCUAACCUGCUUGUGACGGAUGCGUGGAUCAAGAACUUCAAAGUUGUCAUGACGCAUUUUUUUCAACUGUUCCGCCAAGUACCUUCCAUGGCGCAAACCGAAGAAAAGAUCAAUGAGGUGCUGGCCUUCGACCUAUCACCACAUUUAAUGGGCACCGCUCAUUUCCAGUGUGCAGACAUGGACACAGUAGUUACUGACGGUGGGGUGAGUGGCAGCGGGAGUUUCUUCAGUCCCGAAAACAUCUGGCAGCGGGAGGCUGACUUGCUGCAAGAGAGGGUCUGGGAGAUGCGACACAGAGCUGAAGAAGAAGAGGAGAUUGACACGGAGCAGCUGACGACGCUGGAACAUUUCCUUAAAGAUUAUACACGAUUUUUACGUUGAAAAGUUGAAUGAUCAGUAGCCGAGAUAUUAUCACCAGAGAUAAGUGAAUGUCUAAAAAAAUUGAUUGUGAACAAUUUCUACUUUUGGGGAUAGGAACAAAAGUUCCAGAAUGAGGGUAUUUUAAGAAUAAUCUGUGUGGAAGGGUGUGUCUGCUGGGAUGAGGGUGUAACUGGUCACGUGGGCACGGGUGUUGUUCAGUAUUUAAGGACAUGCAUGCACCUGUGUCAAAGGUUGUUUGCCAUAUUUUUGUUUACCACUUGUUAAUACACUUUACACUUGUCAUACACUUAUGUAUAGUCCAGCCAAAUAUACAAAUGUGACAUCCAAUAUAAAUCCUUACCUUAUUUGAUAUUGUAGCUACAUUAUAAUUAGGGAUGAUGUUCGAAACCGGUUCUCCCGGUUGUUCGAUAAGAAAAGAACCGUUCGAUAAGAAAGAACCGAUUCCAUGGACUCGAAUCCCUUUUUGAGAACCGGUUCCCGUUAUCGAGGCCACUAUAGUAAAGAAAAAGAGUUGGUUGUUUAUUCGAAUCCCUGGGAACGAAUCCCGUCCCACAAGAAAUGCCCUGUGGAACAUCACAGGAAAUGACGUAGCUCACAAGUAGCUCACAAGCAGCAAAAAUAAUGGACCGGAAAAAACGCCUCAAGGCAUGGCUAUUCACCUAUAGUGAUCACAGAGACAGCUUGUUUUUGUGUUACUGUAUAUAUUAGUUUUUCUGAAAAAUCCCACUUAAUAUACUUUGGGUAACAACAGUCAAUAUUUAUUUAUUUUAUUUUUUUAGGGGGGGUAACAGUCAAUAUUUAUUUUUAUUUUUUUUUCUUAUAAAAUAAAAGUGAGCUUUUGUUAAACCAAAUAUUGUGUUUUUUUCCAUAUACAACAACCUAUCUGGAUUCGAUAAGAGAAUCGAUAAGGAAUCUGUUCGAUAAGAGGAUUCGAUAAUGGGCUCGAACUCAAACAUCAUCCCUAAUUAUAAUACCAAAUUGUUUAGCUUUGAAUAAGUAGAGCAGGGGUCGGCAACCAAAAAUGUUGAAAGAGCCAUAUUGGACCGAAAAUACAAAAAACAAAUCUGUCUGGAGCCGCAAAAAAUGAAAAGCCGUAUAAUGAAGGCAACACAUGAUGAAAGUGUCUAUAUUAGCUAUAAUAGCCUACUACCAAAAUGACUUUAAAAGGCUUAUGUAAGUGUUAUAAUGAAGGCAACACAUGAUGAAAGUGUUUAUAUUAGCUAUAAUAGCCUACUAUCAAAAUGACUUUAAAAGGCUUAUGUAAGUGCUUUAAUGAGGACAACACAUGAUGUAAGUGUCUAUAUUAGCCUACUAUCAAAAAGACUAUGCGUCGCAGGCUGAAGCAAAUUUCCAGAAAUGUUGAAAUGUAAUAUUUAUUUUACACAUUUUUACAACAUUGGAAAACAUUAGUGAAACUUCUCACACGGUGAGAUUACUCCUGGAAGUCUUCUUUUAAUAGAGUUAUUACAAUCUUUAGCAAGUUAGGUCAUGUUUGCUGUGGUCUGGAACAACAUGGCACACAAACAACUGUCAGAAAUGCAGCCAAUAUUACAUACCGUAUUUUUCGGAGUAUAAAUCGCACCGGCCGAAAAUGCAUAAUAAAGAAGGAAAAAAACAUAUAAGUCGCACUGGAGUAUAAGUCGCAUUUUUUGGGGGAAAUGUAUUUGAUAAAAGCCAACACCAAGAAUAGACAUUUUAAAGGCAAUUUAAAAUAAAUAAAGAAUAGUGAACAACAGGCUGAAUAAGUGUACGUUAUAUGAGGCAUAAAUAACCAACUGAGAACGUGUCUGGUAUGUUAACGUAACAUAUUAUGGUAAGAGUCAUUCAAAUAACUAUAACAUAUAGAACAUGCUAUACUUUUACCAAACAAUCUGUCACUCCUAAUCGCUAAAUCCCAUGAAAUCUUAUACGUCUAGUCUCUUACGUGAAUGAGCUAAAUAAUAUUAUUUAAUAUUUUACGCUAAUGUGUUAAUAAUUUCACACAUAAGUCGCUCCUGAGUAUAAGUCGCACCCCCGGCCAAACUAUGAAAAAAACUGUGACUUAUAGUCCGAAAAAUACGGUACAUAUAAUUUUCAUUUUCAUUGCAUUUUAGCAGUUCAACUUAUUUACUCUCGUCAAAGCUCUAAGAAGUAUGCUCACGGUUUUCUGGUGCUAUGUGGUGAUUAAGGGGCCACAUACUCUUUCUGUCUGUCAAGUUCAUGAUGUCACUAAGGUUGAAUUUUGAUGGUUUUAUUGAAAAGGUUGACAGGUUGAUGUAUUCUCAAAAUGAUGAUGAUGAGGUUGAAAAUGAGGGUUCUGCUGUUGAUGGUAUUGACAAUGUAAAUGUAAGUGUGCAACCCCGCGGCAGCAUUUCCAAUGUUCAAUCUAAUGUCUUAUCAAAGCUCAAUAAAUCCAC